AUGGUUAACUUCACCAUCCUCGCCGGCGGAUACACCGCAUUCGUCGCCUCCUACCUGUUCAACAGCGAUGCCUGCACACUCACGUUGUUGAAUCAGUCCCCCACGGGUCCGAAUGUUUCGUGGAUUACGCCCCAUCCCUUCAACCCGAACAUAUUAUAUACAGUCAACGAGGUUACCGAGGGUGCGCUGCAGUCCUAUGUAGUUGGCCCCGAGGGUGUACUGGCAGGGCCGGUCGAUACGGUGUCAUCGGGCGGGGAUGGACCUGCGUUCUGUGGGCCUUUGACCACGGGUCAGGUGGCAAUUAUGAACUAUAAUUCGGGCAACGGCAAAAUCAUUCCUACAUCGUACGGCGGGCUGGUCUUUGAUAAGAACGCAUCUCUAAUCACGUUCCCGCCGCCGGAAGGAAACUUGUCGCACCCUCAUGAAGCGAUUCAGAACGGCGCCGAAGUGCUCGUGCCGGACUUGGGCGGUGACAAAGUAUGGCGACUCAUACAGAACGGGACUGCGGGAGAGUGGGGAAUCGAAGGCAUAAUUGAGCAACCGCUAUGGAGCGGCCCAAGACACGGAAUGAUCAGGGAUGGGUACUUCUACCUCGUUCACGAACUCGCGAGCAGUCUAACGGCGCAAGUUCUCCCUAUCGCGCCCAAUGGAACUAUGCCCUUCAUCUCUGAUGAGUCUACUAUCCCGCCGACCUAUCCCAACGGUUCUGAUUGGCACGCCGCGGAGAUCCUUAUACCUCCACCUUCCACUUCCUUCCCGCAGCCCUAUAUCUACACGUCAAACCGCAACACGGGCAACCUGGACCCUCGCGGGGACACCAUCGUGAUUUGGGCCAUCCAGCCUGACGGCUCCAUCCAGCAGGUGAAGCAAGUGUAUACGGGAUUGGACCAGAUUCGCGGGAUGAUGAUUAGUACGAAUGCAGAUGGCGUAGGAGAGUAUAUUAUUGCGGCGGGAUACGCUGGCACGGCGGGUGUCCAGGUGUAUCAGAGGGUGAGCGGAGGUGCUGACCUGCAGCUUGUGGCGAAUAAUACGGAGAUACCGACAAGGACCAGUUUUGUCUGGCUCCCUCUAUAAAUCCGGAGUAUGCACUAACCCUGGUACAUGCCACGCCUUCAGGGCAGAUGCGCUGGGCAAUGGUACUCCAGCGCAUACAUACGUAUCUACC